UUUAAUCACCGUCAAGUAGCAACAAGUCAACACUAUAAGGGAACAUGCUGGAGCGUGCAGCAGUAGGUAAGAUAUAUUGAAUAACAUGUAGCAUGAUUUAUGUAUAUUUUUAAGUAUUUAUUCUUUAUUCAUUUUUCAUUUAUUCUAAAACAUAAAAAUUACGUCCAACCAUAAUUUUCAAACUGAAGAUUACUGACAGUGAUACAUGUUAUUCUAAAGCUUCUAAAACAACAAUUUGUUAACGUCUGGUAGUUCAACAGUUUUUCUUUUUAUUGUGGAAGCUUUAAAUAUAAAUGUAACAUUAAUAUGUAGAUUUUUCACAAAGAUUAUAUUAAUCAAACGUAAUUCCGUAUCCUUAGCACCACAAUUGAUAAAAUAAUAUUUUCAGGUAGAACUGGUAAUCUUGGAGAUCUUUAUGACUUCCGUACAGACUCUUUCCAGGGUCGUUCGUUACUAUCUCGUGAGUUGGACCCAGAGACGGACAUUGAUCGUGAAGAAUUGAAGACGCAAGCAGCUGAACUGAUGAUGUCUGACUCUUUGGAAGAUAGGUGUCAUUAUCUUGAUAUUGACGCUGAACUGUCCGUAAGUAUCCUCAGUGGACUUGUCCAUGUAUCUGGAUCUGGGAAGCUUCUAGAGGAGAAAAGAUCAGUCUCACCAAACUCAUCAACAAUGGGUCUUAUCUACAAAGUGGAGACGAUACAGGAGGAAAUAGAUCCCCAGGACCUCAAGAAAAAGGUAGAUUUAGAUGUUUUGAACACUUCAGAGGUUACGCAUGUCCUGACUGGGAUAAUAUGGGGAGCUGUCUGCACCUUUACAGCUCACUACACAUUUAAUGAUAAUGAGGAAAAGAGUGAGAUUGAAGAAGCUCUAAAAAUUAAUUUUACAAAACUUAAAGAAGCUCUGGACUCUUCUAGUAGUGACACUCAUGAUGGGAGAUUGAUAAGGGAUGGGAGGAGUCAGUCUACAGAUACCACCGAAUUUGAAAACAGUGUUUCUGAUGAGUGCGAGGAUUCUUUGAGUGGGCCUGAAGAGAAAUCUGAGUCUUCUUGCAAAAGGGAAGUAGGACAUGAUUUAGCUGGUACUAGUGCUGACCAUUAUUUUGAGCAGUUAAAACAAGAUGAGAAAAUUCAUAUUUAUAUCGAGUGUGAUAUUGAAAGCAAUGGUCAAGAUCCUCCUAUGACGUUCCGCAAUGCAAUAGAAAAAUUAAAUUCUAUUAACAAAUUGGUGGAAAUUUCUGACGAAGUGAAAGGGGUUCCCCUGAAGUUUAUCUUUACACCGUUGAGUAAGGUUAGAAGAAAGUUAAGGCAAAAAAUACCCAUAGAUAUUUCCUACCAAGAAGUAGAUCCGAGCCUUCUGAAACAGGUAGUUAACUUGGCGCAAGAUAUAUCGGAUUCCAAAUUGAAGGUAGCAGGGUGCUAUAAGAUAUUACUUGAGGGAAUAGAAUGCAUAUCAGAUUGUGAAGCAUAUGAACUUGAAGAUCUCCUUAGUUCCAUCGUCGAACAUGAAACAAACUUUAAAGAUAAGCUUCGAGAAGUUCUCAAAAGUAUAAGGUCGGAGAAGACACCCAACUCUGAUCUGGUGGUAAUGAUCGCAGAAUUUGCAGGUGGAAAUUUGUCAGCAAAGGAAAUUGAAAGAUAUCUAGCCACAAAAGAACCUUUGGUGCAAAAGAUUGGAGAAGUGAGCAAUUUGAAAACGUUUGGGAUAACAUAUUUUGGGAAGGCAGAUCAGAUACACCAUGGAAAGAAAAACCAUUACGUACUCUAUCUGGGUUCAGGAAAUCAAGCUAUUACUGCCUUAAAAAUGUUAAAGAGGUUAAAAAAGAGCUCUAAGAAAAACCUUGACAUAAUCUUCUAUGUUCAGGAUUGCAGUGUUUACCCGAAGGGCUUGUCUGAAGAGUUAAUAAAUACGAUUCGUUUCUACAAAAAUGGAAGCUGUUGGGAAAGUGAUGUCGCUGAAAAAUACUGCCAGGACACGGAUAGCUGUCUUGUGAAACUUCGGGCAAAAAAAGUAUGAUUCACUUCCACAAAAACGGGCUGAAUUGGUGAUAAAGUGCCCAGGUUCAAGCAGACCUGCAGGAUGUUCAAGCAAGCCGAAGGAAUGGAAAUGCUUUGAUUGCAAAAAUCCUGUCCAAUAUGGAGUGGACGUAGGAAAAUAUUAUUGUUUAACAUGUAAGGUGGCCUGCGAUCCUCAAAUGACACGAUACAGAUGCGACGAAGAUGAACAUGGGAUUGAAUUCGAUGCAUACGAUAUGAAAGACCUUUAUGAAGAACUGUCAGAAACAAAGCCUUGGACGAGAAUUAAUAUAUUGAUUUUAGGCGAAACUGGCGUUGGAAAAUCAACCUGGAUAAAUUCAUUCGCUAAUUACAUCACUUAUGAUACCUUGAAAUCAGCAAUAGAAGAAAGCAAAGCGAAUCCUAUCGUUACGAUUCCAUCUAAAUUUACAUUCACAAAAGAUGGAUUUACACGAGAAGUUAUGAUAGGAAAAGAAGACCUAAACGAAGCUCAUGAGAUCGGGGAAUCAAACACCCAAGGAGCAAGAACUUACCCAUUCAAAGUUGGGGGUGCCAUUGUAAAUAUCAUAGACACGCCAGGUAUUGGAGACACUAGAGGAUCAAAACAAGACGAUGAAAACAUGGAAAAGAUUCUUGCUCAUCUCACAUACUAUGAUGAACUUCAUGGAAUAAUCGUGCUUCUAAAGCCUAACAAUGCAAGGCUUGGGAUCAUGUUCAAACAUUGCAUACAACAACUGCUCUCACACCUCCACAGAGAUGCUGCCCAAAAUAUUAGCUUUCUGUUCACAAACACUCGUGCCACUUUUUACGAGCCCGGAGAAACCUUACCUGCGCUAAGAAAGCUGCUAUCGGAAAAGAAUAUUGGAAUCAAGGCAGUCCAAGAAAACAUAUUUUGCUUUGAUAAUGAAGCGUUCCGCCUUCUUGCAUGUGUUUUAAACGGAAUCGAGUUUGAAGAGGAUGUCAUGACCAUAUAUGAGGGAAGUUGGAGUAGGGCCUGUAGUGAGACAAACAGAUUAUUACAACAUAUUACUGAAAACAGAAGCCCACAUGUCGUGAAGGACACUACCUCACUCAAUGAUUCAAGAAGAAUUAUUGUGGGUUUGAGUAGACCAUUACAGGAGUUCACAGCCACUAUUAGGAAAAAUGAAGAAGGUGUUAAAGCGUUUCUCAAUGAGAUAGAGGCUUUGGGUACAGAAGCAACAACUUUCGAAAAUAAGUUCCAAUUUGAAGGGAUCACUUUAGAGCAGCAUCAAUUAUCGUAUCCGCGGACAGUUUGUACACAUUCAGACUGCAUCGAGUACAUUCCUGUCGGGAAAGACAUGAUAAAACAGCCAAAUUAUAUAAAGCAUUGCCAUGUACAGUGCAGACUGGGCGGUAUUGUCAGUCCUGAAAUUGUCGGUGAUGUCAGAUUGAUGAACUGUAAGGCUAUGGAUCAAAAUAAUAACUGCAAACAUUGCGGACAUGGCUACUCUGUCCACAUGCAUAGGACAUACGAUCUCCAUCUAGUUAAGAAACAAUUCAUCUCAGACGAAGUUCAAAAACUGCUUAAUUCUAUAUUGUCCGAAAAAGAAAAAACGAAGGUACAGAUGGAAAGUUUGAAAGUAUUGGGAGAGGAAUUUCAAGAUGAGGGAAAGAAAAUUCAAGAGGUAGCUGCAGGAUUUGCAGCUUUUCUAAAAAUUUAUGCGAUCAUACCUUUCAAUGAUGCCAUGGGGGAAUACAUUGAUGUUCAAAUUCAGCAGGAAAAAGAAAAAGAGGAUGUUGAUGGCAAAAGAGAAGAUAGAAUUUCUGAAUGGACUAAAUACAAAAAAGAAUAUGAAGAACAAAAAGGGAUUUUGAUUGAAGCAAUGGAUAAAGUAAGUGACACCGACGAAGGAAAGGCCGAAGCAGCUAAGGAUAUUAAAGAUUUGAUGCAAGAUGCCUUUAAACUUAAACAUUUUGGUGAAGACAUAAAAAAGGUUUACGAGAAAAUCGAGCAAAAAAAAUCGGAAAUGCCAGUGUUUUCCCAAGGACCAGUUCAACACCUAAAAUCCACGUCUAAAAUAGAGAAAAUCAUUCCACCAGGUGUCUUCCAGAGAGCUAAAAAGACUGGAAAAAUUUUUUGAAACGAUUAGGAUUUUGAUAAAUAACGUCAUCACAUUAAUUAUUAUUUUGUCAAAAUGAAAUUACACCCUUCAGCCGAAGUUUCUGGAAAUUAAGUUUUUAAUAAUGAGAUUGUGAUAACCAAAAGGUUGCUUGAUGUUUAUUCUUAAUUUGUGUGUUUUGUGACUUUUUCCAAGAAUGAAGAAUCUCUCGUUUUCGGAAUUUCAGUUCAGUUUUAAAUUUGUUAAUGAAUGCACCGUUAUUAAUGAAAAAAUAAAAAGCUAUUAAUUUGUUUGGGGACGUCAUACACUGGCUCCAUUUCCUGGAGAUUUGGUAAAUACUUCAACACUCAACAUUACACUAAUAAUGAGAUUUAUUACAAUGAUCGACGUAUCGUAUUUUGGAAAUCUGGGUUUUAGCAUAAUAUAUUGAAUAUAAUCAAGGAAAAUAUGAAACU